AUCCAACGCAAAGCACUCAUGCCGGCGUUCGCCUUUCGCCAUAUCAAAGCGCUGUAUCCAAUCUUCUGGUCAAAGGCUACAGGCCUAACAGAGUUACUGAAGCAGGAAAUACAGUCCAAGAAGGAGCAAGGAGAUCAGGUCAUUGAAGUCCGGGCCUGGUCCACUCGCGCAACGCUGGAUAUCAUCGGACUCGCGGGUAUGGGAUGUGAUUUUGAGUCAUUAAAGGAUCCGAACAAUCACCUGGUGCGACAAUACCGGCAGCUACGGCAGGAACCUUCGCGCACAGAAUCGCUCAUUCUAUUCGUUUUAUCCUUAUUCUCCCGGUAUCCCAACAGUCUGCUAUCACGAUUUCCCACCAAGCGUGUGAAGCAGAUCAGGGCGGCUUCUGACAGUAUCCGCCAGGCCUGUGCAGAGGUUGUUGCAACAAAACAGCGGGAAUUAGGCCAAGAGAAGAACGGAGAUAUCAUUGACAUCGCUCUGAGAAGCGAGGUUUUCAGUGAUGCAAACCUUGUCGACCAGAUGAUGACCUUUCUGGCCGCUGGGCAUGGAACCACCUCCCACGCCCUCCAGUGGGCAAUCUAUGCGUUAUGCAAAAAUCCAGAGAUGCAGACACGUUUACGCCAGGAGCUUCGGGACAAUCUCCCGUCACUCAGCAACCGGGAAGCCUCGGUUUCAGCGGAAGAUAUCGACGGUCUCCCAUACCUGCAUGCAGUCUGCAGCGAAACUCUGCGCUUCUACCCUCCUGUACCAACUACGGUCCGGGAGGCCGUGCAGGAUACCACGGUCGCAGGGUAUCGGAUUCCCAGAGGGACGUCGUUCGCCAUCGCCCCAGGGGUCAUCAAUCUAAACCCUGAACUUUGGGGCCCUGACGCGGGCGAAUUCAACCCGGAGCGGUGGAUGAAGGAAGGCUGUGCGAACUCGGGAGGUGUAAAAAGUCACCAUGGAUUCUUGACCUUUCUACAGGGUCCGCGGAGUUGCAUCGGGGCGACGUUUGCUAAGGCUGAGCUGGCGUGUCUCGUGGCUGCUCUGGUUGGUCGCUUUCGCCUGGAAUUAGAGAAUCCGCAUAAGGAAGAGGAAAUGAAAAAGCAAGGAGUGGGCUCUGCGCCGGCAGAUGGAGUGCGGGCAAAGUUUGAAGUUAUAGACGGCUGGUAGGCCCAGAAUAGUAUUCUGCAUCAUAGAUAAAAUAUACAAAUAUCCCUAGAUGAUUGGUGGACGGUGCAUUCUUGUAAAAGAAUUCCCGGCCCGCUCGGGAGGGACGCCACUCGACGCAGUUACGCGACCUGUUGAACUCGACCAAGACCAAGACUUCGAUAAUAGACGUCAUGAGAGGGAGAAAGCCAAAUCUAGUGGCUUGUGUGAAUUGCCGUCAGAUGAAGGUCAGCAUGUCUCCAUAUUAGAGUGACUGGGUGUAUGUAUUACUGAUCUCGCCUAGCUGGCGUGUGAUCGAAACAAGCAAUUUCCGUCUGCAUGCUCGCGAUGCGCAAAGACCAACAAGGUAUGCUCCGUGGACCCUUCAUUCAGGAGGGAAAAUAAAAGAAAGUCUGUACAUCUGCUGAGCACAUGAGAUUGCUGGGUGUUGGGGCUAAUUAUGGAUAGACGGCUUGAAGAAGUUGAG